CUCUGAAAGGUUUAAGGUAAUUUAAUACACAACGCGAAUUUUAAUACGUGGUCAAAAUAUGUGAAAGGUGAUAAACCCUGUUCGGUCAUAAGUAGAAUGGCCUCUAAGCUUUACGAUGUCGUAGCCGCCGUGGAACACGAAGUUAACUGUCCUGUCUGUUUGGAGGAGUUUCAAGAGCCUAAAUGUUUGCCAAAUUGUGCUCACAACGUUUGUCAGGAAUGUUUGGAAGAGAUGGCUUGUAAAAAUACGAAAAACAUCAUAGAAUGCCCGGUUUGUCGAGUCGAAUCUUUCAUUCCCUUUGCUGGUGUGUCUGCAUUUCCAAAGAAUCAUCUGUUGGCAAGGCUGAUCGAAAAGAAUCCUUCCAAUAAGGCCAAAACCAAUGAGUUCAUUAAGGAAACUCUAAAGAGAAGCAAAGAGAACCUAGAAGGUUUGAAGAGCGCAAUUAACGAGAUGGACACCCGACGCAGUUCUAUAAUGAACCAGGCUGAGAGUCUAAGGCAUGAAAUCAACUCGGCGGCAGAACAAGUCGUAAAAUUGGUUCGCGAUCAAGAACAUCAACUGCUCCUCGAGGUCGAUCAAUAUAUGAACAGUAAUUACACCGAAGCAACCUUCAAUAAACAAAAAGAAAAGCUGGAAAGCUUACUUCAAAAAACCGUCAACUCCAUUGAGAGCCUUGAUAAGAAAAAAGAACCAGAUAAACGCUCGUUAAAACAGUCGCAACAUUUAGAAGAGCUAGCAAAAGUGGCUGGCAUUCAAAUUCUCUCUGCAAGACGUAAGUGCUUUCGCAAUUUCGAUUUGACUUUUGUAAAAAGCGAUUUCUCCCACGUCACUGUGGAAAAACUGAUUGGUACUCUUAGCGUUAAGAGUGAUGCCGAAGGCGACAAAAAUUCACUGGCUGGUCUAAAUGAAAUUCUCAGUAACGAGAAAGUCAUCAAACACAUUGACGGAUCUAAAAUAAAAGUACCAAGCUUUUUCCCUUUUGCAGUCACAGUGUCACAAAAGACUGGUGAUAUAGCUGUUUUAGAUGCCGAGAACAAACGCGUGCAUAUCUUCGAUCGGGAGGGUAACCAUCUUAGCCAAUUCUUGUUCAUUUUUGGAGACUUUUGGGAUAUUACGUAUUCUCUAAGUGACGAGAUAGUUGUAUUAAAUAGAGACAAUAACUCUCUGUUACACUAUGACAGGGGUGGAAAUCUCAAGAAGAAAUUCCCGACCGCCCCGAGGCCAAAGGUUAAAUUUACCUUUCUGUCGCACGAUGCAUCUGGGCGUUUUCUAGUUACGUCCACACCAAGGUACCAAGAAUCGGCUUCAGAAACAGAUUCCUGUGUUCUCAUUUACACUGCAACUGGAAAACUCGAGUCCGUGUUUGGAGGGGGCGUACUUUCGUCUCCGAAGAAAGCAGUGUUCUUCAAAGGAAAGUUUUUCGUUCCAGACGCGGAUAGCAAGAGUGUGAAAGUUUUUAAUAACAAUGGAGAAUUUUGUCAAGAAAUCGGCAGGGGCAUGCUUGAAGACCUCGCUGGGAUUGCCACUGAUUUUGUGAACGGUCGUAUUCUUGUUUGUGACUGUGAGGGGUAUGCUGUACACGUUUACAGCACUUUAGGAACACUAGUCAGAACUAUCAGAACAGCCGCUCCUCCAGUGGAAAUCGUCUUGUGCAAAGAUGGAAAGAGGCUAGUAGUUUGUUUUGACGGCGAUAAGGCAAGAUGCUUUCAGAUUCUUUCAUACACAGAGAGUACUCAUUCGUCGGGCCACGAGCACAAUAAACAAACCUAAUAAUGAGUAUAAGUUGAGGACCAAAAAUAUGUUCGGUUUAGCUUCAGUACUAUUCCGAAAGUAAGAAAAGUUUUUUUAAAAAAGGUUGUUGGGUUAAAACGUGC